UAAAUAUUAAGAAUAAUACGUCAUUACAUAAAUAAGUAAGUAAAAUUGCUCAAUAAUUAAUUUAAUAGUACAAAUAAGAUUUUGUGGUAUUUAGUUUUUCAUUUGCUUGUUUUGUACUAUAUUAAAAUCAAAGUCUAUUAACAAUUACUGUUAAACUCCUUGCCUAAUUAUUAAAACUUGUUUAUAUAAGACUUAUCUUAAAAUUAUCUGAUAAAGAUUAUGGCUGAUAAAAUAUCUAACUUUUUUAAUAGUAAGUAUAAUGAUGAAGAGGAGGAUGAUGAGUUGAAGUUAAACUAAGGAUAUCAUGUUGAUGACAUGCUUGGCUAUCCAAGUUUUAUUGAUAAAAUUCGUUAGAGAAUAGAAGACAAUGAGUAGAUUAUUCGACCUCGUAGAUAAACUAAUUAGGAAUCUUUGCAAAGUAAUAGACGCAAUGCAUUAAAAAGAUAUGAUUAUCAAUAAGAGUAAGAAUAACAAACUAGAAAAAAGCAGUAAACAUUAAUAAAUAGGAAAAAAGUUAACUCACACGAUUAAAAGGCAGAUAAAAAAGGGGGAAUAUUAUCUAAAUACAAGCAUUUAGAAACCAAAUUUUUGCUAGAUUUCAUGAUUAAAGAUGACUUAUAUGAUUUAUAUUAGGCUAUAAAUUUAUAAAAGAAAACAGAAAUGCUUAUGAUAUUGCUUAAAAGAUCUUUAAGUUAACUAGAAAUAUUUAAAGAAAUUGAUUAAAAUUUAAAUCCAGAUAUUUAUGCAAGUCUUAUUCGCUCCUUAAAAACUCUUAUUGUUAAGUAAGGAAGCACUAUAUUUUCAUUUGGAUCCGUUGGAAAGUAGUAUUAUUUUUUAAUUAAAGGCUCUGUAUAUAUUCUCCUUAGAACAGGACUAGGUUCUAAAAUAAAUAGCUUAGAAAAGGUUAAUCAUAAUUAAUAAAAUGAUAAAGAGCAUUCAGAAAAAAAGAGGGAGAUAAAAAUACUAAGGAAAAGAGAUUCGCUUGAAGGAGGUGGAUAGGCUUAGUAAUCUGUCAUCACAACUACAUAGAAGAAAACUAAAUUUAUUACAUAUGCAAAUAAGCUUUAAAGCUCUGAUUCUAAGGUUUUUUAAGAUAAUUAGGAUAAUAAUUCAGAAAGAGAUAAUACGCCUUCAAGUAAAUAAUACAAGCUUUCUUGGGAAUCGCCUUUAAAAAAGCAAUAAUCUCAUUUUUAGAAAGAAAAUAUUGUAACUAGUUCAUCUAAUAUUACGGAUUAAUAGCAAGAUUUAAAAUAUCUUCUAUAAUUGUAAACCCAUGAUAAAUUGUAUGAUGAUAGUCGCUCUUAAAAGUCUAUUGAAGAUAAAUUAAGUAUAGCAUGGUCCUAAGACUCAUAGAGAAAUAAAGAAGAAAUAAAAAAAAAAUUUCCUCAUUUUCAGAUAGUUGGCACUCAUUAGUAGGGUGAUGGAUUCGGAGAACUUUCGUUAUUGAAAGGAAUCAAAAGAACUGCUACUAUAGUUGCAAAGGAAGAUUGCUUCUUCUUAACAUUAGAUAAGGAUAAUUAUCUCAAAUUUUUGUCAGAAUAUCAUGAGAAAGUUUAUUAAGAAAAAAUUAGCUUUGUGAAAUAGUUUUUUAUUUUUGAGCAAUUAGAUAAAAGAUUACCUAGUUUAAUUAUUUUAUUUGAGCCGAAAUCUUAUAUUAGUGGCUAAUGCAUAUAUGAGCCAGGUGAUGAAGUGAACUAUUUAUAUUUGAUUAAAAAGGGAACUGUUGCAAUAAGUAGGAAGAUAGCUCAAAAAUCAGAGAAGUAAUUAUUGAAAUAGGUAGAAUAUGAAAAUAGCAUCGCUAGUAAAUAUGAAAGGGAAAUGCAACUACAAAAAUCAUUUAUUUAAUAGCAGCAAUAAUAGAAGCAAUAAAAUUAAAGAUAAUCAUAUUCAUCUAAAGAUAACGAAUCUGAGGUAAUGAGUAAAUUAGAUUAUAUAUAUGAAAAUAGAAAGGUAGAGAACACUCUUGACACAGUUUGGGAUGGGUAAUAAGAAAGUGAUUAGUCUUAAGGAGAAGAAGAAAAUAUCUAAGACUUAGUUUAUUCAGAAGAAAAAGGAGCUUUUGUGGGUAAAAAUAACAAAAUAUUAUCAAUGAUGAGAAGCUCUCCUUUAAAAAAUCGUUAAAGUAGGUUAAACAGUAAAUCUGUUUCGCCAAAAAAAAAUACAAUUCUUACAGUUGCAGGAGAAUUGUGUUUUUUUGGAGAAGAGGAAAUCGUGAAUGGAGAAAAAUACAGGUAAUAUGAAGCUAGAGUAACUUCUAGUAAAGUUGAAAUUCUUCGUAUAUCUAUUAAAAAUUUAAAAAUAAUUACUAAGUAUAAUGAUGUUAUGCAAAGAAUAAAAGCUUAUUAUGAGUUAAAAAAUGAAUGGAGACACGCUUAUGUUGAAAGGAGUUAAAAUGCUUUGCUAAUUUAAGAAUAUUUAGCUAAGAAUUUCAAAGAGUAGUAUACACAAAAUAUUUUGAACAAAGAUAUAUAAUAAAAAGCAGCUAUACAGUUGACUGCUAAAACUAUUCCUCAUAGUAUGGAUAGUUAAAAAGUCACUUAAAGCGUUUUAAAUAGAAAGUUAUAUAUUAAAUCAAAGACUAAAUAAUUUAAACACAAGCAAAGUAUUAAUUCAGAAAUUGAUUAAUUUGAUUCAGAGUCCUAGAAAUUGUUAAAAAAAUACAGCUAAAAUGACUUAGUUAAUAUGAGCUCCAGAAAAAUUCACUUCAAAAACUCUGACAAUAAUAUUUCUGAAGAAGAAGAGGAAAAUAAAGUAAAAAAUAGAAAUUCAUCAUCGCCAAAGAAGAUUCUAAUUUAAAAUGCAACUGCAGAUUUAUCAUGUAAAGAUUUUGAGCAAAAGGUUUCCUUCUCAUUUAAAAAAAAUAGAGAUGAGAUUUCCAAUAAUAUUGAGUAAUAAAAAGUAUAAUCAUAAAAUUAAUAAAGCUUAGAACGAAAAUACUCUAAAUAAAAUAGUAUGGGUAAUUCUAUUCGAAAAUCGUAAGCAAAUUCUCCAUAAACAGCUAAGAAAGACAGUAUAUUAGAAAAUAAUUUGAAGUCUAUGCUUAGCUAGAAAGAAAAUGAAAACGAAAAUGAAAAUGAGUCUCAUAAGUUUAUUAAAAUUUGCAAAAUUUAGCAAGCAGAUAGCUUGAUCGAAACUUUAAAUACAAAUCAAAAUGAAUAAUCAGUAGAAGACUUGCUUACCUUUUAAACUCAACAAAAAUAGAUAAAAUAAAAGCAAUACUCAAAAAAAAAGUCAGAUGAGAUCCAAAUUCAUGAGUUUCUAGAUUAUAAUUAGAAUGAUUAAAAUUAAAUUAAAAAAGUAGAAGAUUAAAAUUUUUAUAAUUCAUAGAGAUUACAAUUUAAAAAUACUAUUGAGGAUUCAUAGCUAAAUUAAUCACCUGAAACAAAACAAAUGAUAUAAAGAUAAGCAUCGAAAUAGCAUGCAGAAGCCAAAUAGAAAGAGUAGAAAUCUUAAAAUGAAAUUAUCUAAUUUUAGAAAGAGUAAGAAAAUUAAAUGGAAAAGCUGAGAGGGAUAUUGAUGAAAGAGAGUAGAAAGAGUAGUGUCAAAAAAACUAAACAAGUUGAGAAAAAAUAAAGUAAUAGCUAGGAAUUAGAUUUUAGAGAGAUCCAUAAUAUAUUCAUUAACAUAGAAGGGAUCAAGAGUAAAAAAUUAGAUAAGUAUACGAAAUAAUAUAAAGAAGUUAAAGAAAAAUUUAGUAAAGAACCUAAAAAGAAAUAUGAAUAUAUUCCUAAAUACGGUUCUGAAAAGGCUAAAGAGAUUGUCAAUUAAAAUAAAGAUAAAAGAAAUAAUUCUUAGUAUAACAGUGAAAGAAAGCCAAGCAUAAUUAAUGACACUACUAUGAUUUCUAGAUAGAGAUCUAAUUCAAUUUCAUUAGGAUAAUCUUCACAAUAAAGAAAAUUUAGCUUUCGCUAGUAUUUAGAAAACUAAAAAACUGUAUCUGUGGAAUCAACUUCAAACCACUAGAUCCAUACUUUGAACCCUGAUUUUAUUAAAACAAAUCAAAGUGUAUUUGAAACCAAACAAUCUGAACAUAUUAGAAAACCUUCUUAAGCACUGUAUGAUGAAAAUCAAAAGAUUGAUGCUUAAAAUAAAUAAAUUGUAGUUUAGAUCCAUGAAAAAUCCAAUCUGAGAAACUAAAUUGGACAUUAAAGCUAAUAAAAUUAUUAAUCUGAUGAUUUAAAUGUAGAAAUUCUUGAUAAAACAUAAAAUUAUUACUUUUAGAAAACACCAAACCGCCCUUAAUCGCAUAAGCACAAUAAAGAACUUGAUAAAAUUAUUGAAAAGGAUAAUUCAAUGAUUUUAUACUAAGAUUAAUAAGAUCACCACUCAGAAACAAUGAUAGAGGAGUGCAAAAGAGUUGAAGAAUCAGAUAUUGAUCAAGUAAGAAACAUGCUGAUGUUAGUCAAAAAACUGAAAAUUGAUCAUUUAAUGGAAAAUAAGUAUACUGAUUAAAAUAUUUCAUCUGGUUUUAUGAGCAAAUCUCUAAACAUAGUUUCUAUACCUACAACUGCCCGUUCAACUUCAUAAAAGUAGAGAAGAAAAGUAAGUCUUGCUUCAGAUAAAAAAGACUAUCAUUUCAAUUACGACACUACUUACUCGCAUGGAAAAUCAGUAACAUAAGAAGUGAGUUAAUUUAACAAUACAUGUAUAAAUUUUAAAGAUGAACAAACUAACUAAAGUAAUUAAUUUUCCAAAAAAAUUUACAACCUAACUGAACGAGAAUAACAAAAGAGAAAAUAAAGCAGCGGAGCUAUCUUCAGGCCAACUGUACCAUUACAAUAAUUUCCAUUAAAAUCUCUAUAACCUACAGAAAAAUAAAGUUUUUAAGUCCAUUCUAGAUAUCAAAGCUUUCAUCAUGUUAGAAAAACUAAUUAGUGA